GCGGCCGCGAGAAGUAGCAGCAGGACGGGCGGCGGCGGCGGAGACGGCAGCCCUGAAAUGCAUUUUCUUCUCCAGCGGCCAUGUUAACCAGGAAACCUUCGGCCGCCGCUCCCGCCGCCUACCCGACCGGCAGAGGAGGGGACAGCGCCGUUCGUCAGCUUCAGGCUUCCCCGGGGCUCGGUGCGGGGGCUCCCCGGAGCGGAGUGGGGACCGGCCCGCCCUCCCCGAUCGCCCUGCCGCCUCUCCGGGCCAGCAACGCGGCCGCCGCAGCCCACACGAUUGGCGGCAGUAAGCACACAAUGAACGAUCACUUACAUGUCGGCAGCCACAGCCACGGACAGAUCCAGGUUCAGCAGCUGUUUGAGGAUAAUAGCAACAAGCGGACAGUGCUCACGACACAACCAAACGGGCUUACGACAGUGGGUAAGACGGGCUUGCCGGUAGUGCCGGAGCGGCAGCUGGAGAGCAUCCAUAGGCGGCAGGGGAGCUCCACCUCUCUGAAGUCUAUGGAAGGCAUGGGGAAGGUGAAAGCCACCCCCAUGACACCCGAACAAGCAAUGAAGCAAUACAUGCAAAAACUAACCACCUUUGAACACCACGAGAUUUUCAGCUACCCUGAAAUAUACUUCUUGGGUCCAAACGCAAAGAAGCGCCAGGGCAUGACAGGUGGGCCCAACAAUGGUGGCUAUGAUGAUGACCAGGGAUCAUACGUGCAGGUGCCCCACGAUCACGUGGCUUACAGGUACGAGGUCCUCAAGGUCAUUGGGAAGGGAAGCUUUGGGCAGGUGGUCAAGGCCUAUGACCACAAAGUCCACCAGCACGUGGCCCUGAAGAUGGUGCGGAACGAGAAGCGUUUCCACCGGCAGGCAGCAGAGGAGAUUCGGAUCCUGGAACACCUGCGGAAGCAGGACAAGGACAACACCAUGAAUGUCAUCCACAUGCUGGAGAAUUUCACCUUCCGAAACCACAUCUGCAUGACGUUCGAGCUGCUGAGCAUGAACCUCUAUGAGCUCAUCAAGAAGAAUAAGUUCCAGGGCUUCAGCCUGCCUUUGGUUCGCAAGUUUGCCCACUCGAUUCUGCAGUGCUUGGAUGCUUUGCACAAAAACAGAAUAAUUCACUGUGACCUUAAGCCCGAGAACAUUUUAUUAAAGCAGCAGGGUAGAAGUGGUAUUAAAGUGAUCGAUUUUGGCUCCAGUUGUUAUGAGCAUCAGCGCGUCUACACGUACAUUCAGUCCCGUUUUUACCGGGCUCCGGAAGUGAUCCUUGGCGCCAGAUACGGCAUGCCCAUUGAUAUGUGGAGCCUGGGUUGCAUUUUAGCAGAGCUCCUGACCGGUUACCCCCUCUUGCCUGGGGAAGAUGAAGGGGACCAGCUGGCUUGUAUGAUUGAACUGUUGGGCAUGCCCUCCCAGAAACUGCUGGAUGCAUCCAAACGAGCCAAAAAUUUUGUGAGCUCCAAGGGUUAUCCCCGUUACUGCACUGUCACGACACUCUCAGAUGGCUCUGUGGUUCUCAAUGGAGGCCGUUCCAGGAGGGGGAAACUGAGGGGCCCACCGGAGAGCAGAGAGUGGGGGAAUGCACUGAAGGGGUGUGACGAUCCCCUUUUCCUUGACUUCUUGAAACAGUGUUUAGAAUGGGAUCCUGCGGUUCGCAUGACCCCUGGCCAGGCUUUACGGCAUCCCUGGCUGAGGAGGCGGUUGCCAAAGCCUCCCACUGGGGAGAAGACGUCAGUGAAAAGGAUAACCGAGAGCACUGGUGCUAUCACAUCCAUUUCCAAGUUACCUCCACCUUCCAGCUCAGCUUCCAAACUGAGGACUAAUUUGGCACAGAUGACAGAUGCCAAUGGGAAUAUUCAGCAGAGGACAGUGUUGCCAAAACUGGUUAGCUGAGCUGAGUCCCCUGAUGCUGGGUAAUCUGAAAGAUACGACGUUGCUGAGCCUUACUGGGUUGAAAAGGAGUAGCUCAGACCUGUUUUUAUUUGCUCAAUAACUCAACUCAUUUGUAUCUUUUCAGCACUUAUUUUAACGUAAGAAAGUUGUUCGUUUUGUUUUUAUAAAAUACAUGGGGACAAUGCUUUAAGUUUUUAUACUUCCUGAAACUGUUUUUGUGUUCUAAAAGUAUGAUGAGCCUUACUGUAUUUAGUGUGGCAGAGUAAUAAACAUCAGUGGCAGGCCAUUGAUUACUUCGUGACUGCUGCGCAUUUACAGAUUGGUGUCAAAGACAUUCACUGUUUCUGUGGUUCAUAGUAUAUUCUCCCCCAGGCAGUUGCCCCCCCGGAAGGUCCCCCUUCCCUCGCCAUGCUCCUGGUUCACGCACAGGUGUAGCACGUCCUGCUUCCGUUUCCCAUAAGUGACGUGGGUGGUAGUGAGGGUGGGAGAAGAAUGGCCAGGACAAAAAUGAUUAAUGAGCAGAACUGACCUCAGAGAAUUUUUUCCUAAACUAGUGGUCAGACAAACACAAAGUCCCCAAGUUGACAUGCCCACUUAGCAUUCUGACUUCCUAAAAGCUGGCCAAGCAGACCUGGGUGGAUAAAUGGAAACGUGUGCGUUCCUCCAAAUUUUCUAAUAUGAUCAGCGACCUGUUUGUAAAGAAGCCUCAUAGUACGGAAUUGGUUUUGCACCUAAAUACAAAAAUGUAUUCCAUAAACUGUUCCUCCUCUUUGCUUUUCUCCUCUCUGUUCCUCUUUCACUACACAUCUGUUGCUUGCAUUCAGGUUUUUUUUUUUCCUUCCUUCACAUAGAUAUCCCAGACUGUUAAUACAGAAGAGAGACAUUUCAGCUGUGAUUAUGACCAUUGUUUUCAUAUCCCAGUUUAAAAAAGAACAGCAGCCUAGCUACUUAAGGUGGGGAUUUCCAUAGUUCCAAAGAAGGUUUAGCAAGUUAGAGUGAGUUCACACUUUUCAGGUGCCACUGUAAGGUUCUCUUCGCCUGGGAAAGCAUCAACUCUUUCUUUAAAAAGAAAGAUGCUUGAAAAUCCUCUUGCUGAACAGAAGUCAUUGUGACUUUUCAGUGAGGUCAAUUUAAACAACGUAGUUAAAGGAGGAAAAGUUCAAUCUCAAGUUAAAUGGUUUGACUUAGUUGCAUCAUUAGGAAAAUCACGGAUCGCAUUCCUCUAGUUUACUUUCUUUUGGAUUGCACUGACUGUAUUUGUGGGAAUGACACUUUACCUGGAAAAGUUAACUGAGAGGUAAAAGAAUAUUUUCGUCUCUGAAUAAUAAUUAUUUUCAAAGUGAAAAAUUAAGUAUUUUAUCACUAAUGUAUGAGCAGUGAUAUUUAUCAAUUUCAAGGCACGUGGAAGAAAUUUUUUAGUAUGUGCAAUUUAAUAUAGAAAGAUUUUUUUGCCUGUUUGGACAAUAGGUUUUGGGUAGUAUAAAUUAGGAUAAAUACUCUUUUAUAUGCACAGAUAUUAUUGUAUUGCCUGUAAAUUGAUUUACGAGUACUUAAAGCAUGGUCCCCAGCGAGGCCAGGAAAGUUUCCGGUUAAGUUCUUUUAAUAUUAGUCCUACAGUUUCUCUUACUUAGGAAAAAAGAAAAAAGAAAGUAGUUUUGAACAAAACUCUUAUCUUGAGGCUUUGUCGUUUGAUGGAGAAAACGCUCAGGAAAUAUUACAGAUAUUUGCCAAAAAACAGUAAUAAGAUUAGCUUAUUAAUAAGAUAGUGAUGUUGAUAUUUGCUUUACUAUUUAAGGGUGUCACUGAUAAAUUAAUUUGUACUUCUGUACUUAGAAAUUAUAGCUUCUUUCCCCUAGUCAGAUUCUUUAGCCUGUUGUACACAUUUCUGUGUAAUCUGUGGAAGUGCAAUAAUAUGUUAGUAAGUUGCUUUUUAAAAAUGAUGCUCAUGUGACGAUACCCCCAAUCAGUGGCUUAUAGAAUUUAAAGAUUGUGUAUUUAUUAUUAAAAUUUUGACUUCAAAGGCAUAAGAAGUGUAAGACUUGGUAUGGUGGCUUUGUAAAACCAUAAGCCUCUGAAUGAUGGUUAGCUUCUUUAAAACAAAAACAUAAAGGCUGUUUUUCCCUUGCAGUUCUCCUCUUCCAUAUCCACCCUCAUUUUCACAUUUAGGUUUACGUGAACCUGAGCCUGCCAUUGAUAGGAAUUUCCCUAUAAAAUACAUGUGAAAAUUUAUAAAUGGACUAGUACUGCUUGUCUUUUCCCCACCACAUAAAACUGGUACUUAAGAUGCCAACAGUGCAUUUGUGAUGAUAUUCACAAAUGCAACCGGAAACUUUGAAGCCAAACUAUAAUGGGCAGCGCUAUGCCCCCGCCCUCCAAAUACGGUGAGAUUUACUUCAUUCAUAAGAGCCACUAGGUUCAGUGUUCAGUGGUAGGGCUGCUUUUAAAAAAUUCUGGCUUAUUUAUAUCAAAAAAAGAAAAACGUUGCAUCUCUGUGAUUUGAAAACAAAUGAAGGGCUCUAAUAGGCUACUAGGAGUUGGCCUGGAAACAGUCCUCGGUCUCACAGGUUACCAGUGUCUAGGGAUGUCUGAGCUGUUUUCAGAUUUCAGACUAGCACAGUGUCUUGUCUUUGGUUGCAGUCUCAUCUGGCUCCGUUUCUGGCACCUCCACAGUGCGCAUCACCUCUUAAGUGCGUUGCUACGACAGGGGAACAGCACCGUGAUGCAGGACAGUGCAGAUCAACAGUAGAGGAGAAGUUGUGCCCUUAGUGUUAACAAUGUGCCUUUUGUUCUGAAUGCCAUGUUGUAGGGCAUGCAUUUUUUGGCCUCUUUAACUCUUUGAAUACCCGGCAGUAAGGAUGGAACCCAGCUCUGCAAAGAUACAUCUGUCUUAAAUAUCCAGUUACUUACAGGCCUUAAUAGAAACCAUAAGGCGUGAAUCGUCAUCAGGCAUUGAAAAAGGUAACCAUUUGGUUAGUUACACAGGAAAUUCCUAUGUUUAAGGGGUUAAAGAUGGUCUUUGUUGUAUCUUAACAUCAGACUGAUUUUUUAAAUGAUAUUUUUUUGUUAUGGUAACACUAGACAAAAAUCAACUGUAUUUGUAAAAAUUUACCUCAAACCAUUUAAUUUUAUAGUGUGAUUAAUCCCAGGGCAUUUGGUAUGAACCAAAGUGCAUUCCUUUUAUAUGUGCCUGGCUCUAGUAUGGAUGGCCAGGGAUUUUUACAAUUUGGGUGCAAGGCACUUAAGCCACUUUUAAACUUAAUGGGUGGUUUGGAGUCGUGUUAAAGGACUCCAUCAGGAGGUUAGGCAACACUUUAGGCAUCAGUAGCAUUGGGCCAUAUUGGAAUCUUCAAAGUGUGAAUUAUUUUAAAGAGAGCAUUCAUUUUUGUAAUUUUUCUCAUCAAGAAUAUUUCUGGUAAGCAGAAGACUUAAAAAAAAAACUGAUUUGGUUGGUAAAGGUUUUAAUAUCGCCCAACAUAAUGCUGUGGUAGCAUUUAAAAAAAAAGUAUUUGUCAACUCUGUUUCUUAGGGGCUUGUACAUCUCUCUGCUAUGGACAUAUAUAAAAUUAAUUGUAAUUAUACUCAGCUCAACUGCUACAGUUCUGUCUAGGCAGUGGCUUGGGUUUUUAUCGAGCAACAUCUUAGACACGUGACUGAAAUAUGCUGCAACUGUGUGUACUGAAAAUAUGUGAAAAUGGUUGAAUGUGGACUGUGUACAUAUGUAUGUAAACAUUUCUGUGAGAUGCUGCUGUCGCCACUUAACAUGAAAUAUGUUCUGGUGGAUUUUAAUCCUAGUGGCCAGUUCUAUGAUACUGUAUGUAUUGUACAGCUGAAGACAGGAGUAAGACUGUUCAGUGAAUAUUUGUUACAUUUUAUUGUCGUGGCCAGAGAUAAUUUCAGAAUAAAAAUUUAAUGUCCUACCUUACUUUUCUCCCCUUUUCUAACUAUAAUUUAACUCCUGAUUUUUUCUGGUGAUAUUCUUGGUCUGGUGGCCUGGAGAGAGUUUAGAAGGCAAACAUUGUCAGCUACAGUUGGCUUUUUUUGUUAGUUCAAUAUAAAUUUGCAAAUCUUAAGUAAGAAUAAAGUUUUAGCAGGCAACUCUUGCUUUUCUCAGGAUACCCUAUUCCUUCACCUGUAAUGUUUCUAUGUUACUUUUCCUUUAUAUAGCCUCUGCGGCCAGGUUCUGUAUCCUGCUAGAAUUUCAAAUCUUUUUUUUUUUUUUUUUCUUUUAAAUCUUCAAGGUAACAAGUUGUGGGAGCAGAGUCUGUCAAUUAUUCCCCACCGGUCUUUAUUCUUUUCUGUGCGCAAGUUCUGGCAAAUUCUUCAUAUGUGCUCUCACCAGCUCCCCCACGUGCUUCUUAAUGCUUAUGCUUUUGUAGUUAUUUUACUUGGUGGUCUCUACGGUUCAUGUCUUUUGGGUGUUAGUGUCUUCGUUCUUCCAUGGCUUGAUCGGAAACAGCACCUAGCUCAUGAUUUGUCAGGUUUGGUUAAUACCAAGCCAAGAGUUUGCUUACAGAAGACAGCGAGCAGAUGCCCUAGUAAUUUGUCAGACGUAGGGAUGUUAUGUAGACAAAGAUUUCCCUCUUGUGGAAAGAACUACCGCACAUUUUUAUUUACACCCCUCUUGCCACCAGCAGCCAAAAAAUUACUUAGUGUGGCUUCCUUCAACAAAAGUGGGAUUUGCUAAAACAAGGGGACACUAUUCCCAAAUCCAGACUCAGGCUUGCCAUAUCCUAUGCCAUAAUUGCCCAUUACUGCUUCUCUUGCUAAUCAGAGUUCUUACCAAUUGAAAAACAUACCAACUGACCAAGAAACUCAAUAUCUAUAGAAAAAAAAAAAUUUAAGACGUGCAUUACGUAUAAAAUUGAAGGUUGAUGCUAAAGCAGCAAUUUAAAUUUAAAAUUGUCCAGAUCUGAUUUACUCAGAGCGGAUUAUAAUUCCCACUCAUUCUCUUUUAUCAGGUCUUUUUAAAGCUCUUUCUUAAACUGAGUAAUACUAUAUUCUGUUUGAAUUUCUGUAAUCUUUUUGCUUUGGGAAUCAACACCUAUACAAGUAACUAUUUUGGGAACUUCAAAGUUGCCUUUAAACUAGCACUAGAGAAUGUUCUUAGCUGGCAUUGGUAUUGGCCUUUUAAAGAAAGGGAAAUUCGUUUAUUUUCUUUCGGAAAGAGAGCAUUAAGAGAUUUGAAGAAAGGGUAUCUGUGACUUUGUUUCGUUGUUUUUUAAAAGUUUGAAUUACUUACGUUGCUUCUUUUUUAGUCAUUAGGCAAAUAAACACUUGUCAGUGAUGCUUAACACUGUCCAAAAUGGAAAGCGACUGCCAGUGUGAUACACAUACAGAAGAAGAUUGCAUCUUACUGCAAAACUUUUGGUUUAUUUGGUUUGACUUUGACUUACUGUUGUGCUGUGGUCACAUCCUUAAUAUCUGUGCUACAGUUCAUAUGUAUUGGGGAGGGCAUAAACUGCCAUUUCUUUGCUUCUCAAGGAAGUUUAAUGAGCAAACUAAUGAAUUAAUAUUUACUCCUCCAAAGAAAGCUGAUAUUUUAGGAGCAUUAACUAGUCAUCUAUAAUAAGGAGCAGCAGGGUAUAACUAUAAUAAUGUUAUAGAGCAUUGUUCCCUACAAAGACUUAGCAGGUCUCGUGGCGUUGUAGGAACAUCAGUGCAGCCUUAUACGUUCCUGUAAGCUAUAAUUAUCCCUCACCUGAUAUUUGAGGAAACUGAAGUGACUUGUUCCAAAGUGACUUUGCAAAAACAGUUUGGGCCUCAGGUUGCAAUCCAAUAAGGAAUUUUGGUCUCGGACAGUAAAGGAAAACCCCUAACUAUACACCACACAGAAAAAUUUAGAAGCAGGGGUGAAGGGAGGGCUCUGAGCAGUGAGCAUGUCUAAUACUUGAAUAAAUUGUGUAUCAGUUCCCAGGAAUAUUUUUUAAAAGGGGAGAAACUGCAAAAAACUGAGGACUAGAGCAUCUUUGUCUCAUUGGUGCACCUGAUAACUAAAAGGCACUGUGCACACACCUCUCAGUUAAUUGGUGAAAGAGGGACUCCUUAUAUUGCCAUAUUCGGGGAGUAUGGUUAAUUAUAGUAGCUUUAUUAUUUUCUGUUCUUAAAAUACGCUUUUUACAUUUGAAUGUAUGAAAAUAUUUUUGACUCUACUAAUUCUCAGGGAUUAAAAGUUAAAAUUUACUGACUGAAGCAACAGGUAAACCUCUUAAAUUCAAACUUACUCAGGUUUCCUAUUUCUUUGCCUCCAUAUUUAAGAGAACAUAGGAUGCCUACCGGGCAAAUAUAUAAAAAUUAAAAUUCCAAAUACAAUUUAAAAAUACCAAAUUGUAAAUAAACCAAUUUUACAAACUAAAA